AGUAAUAAAAUGAUAGCGUUUAUUGCAUCUGAGGUCUGUUGGUGCAUGUGUCAAACAGAUAGCUGAGGACAUGGAAGCAAUGAGGAAGAGACACCUGGAGGUGGUCCAGGAGCUGGAGGAGAACUUCCAGGUCACUGCGCGGGAGAACCAGGAAUGGACUGUGCAGAAGAUCAGAUCUCAUUACCAGAACAAGUUAAACACUCUGAGGAGGUUUCUGGACCUGUACCAGGAGAAAGUGGAGAAGAAAAAGUCAGAGUGGGAGAACAGAGUUGAGGGCUUGACAGCACAGUAUGAGCUGUUGCUGGAGGAGCAGAGAGCCGAGAAGAGGAGAAAUAAAGAGGAGGCCCUGCAGUGGCACAGGGAAAAGAGCAAAAUGCUGGAACUGUUCUCCACCAGGCUGGAUGUGCUCCACACCCACCAGGCCUCCACUUUACAGGAACUUCAGAUGGCCAGACAGGAAAUAGGGAAAGUCCAAGAAAUGAUGAUGGUUUCACAACAGGAGCAGCAACAGGAAGCAGCAGGGGAAGGUGAAAGCCCAGAGGACAAAGACCUUUCAGCACAACAACAGACCUCUGACUGCAGUGACAUAGAUCGACCACUUGAGGGAGCUAAAGCUCGUCUAGAGGAGCUGAAGGAGAGUCUGUACCAGAGGGAGAGGGAGAUCACUGAGUUGCUGGAGGCCGAGAGGACACCCAUCCCUCCUGUCCCUCAACCACCCUGCAGCGUUCUGCUUCCCUCUGUCAUACACAAGGCUCAUGAAAUUUGCAGUGCCGUGUUAGAGACCAGAGCUCUUUUGGACCAGAUGAUUGAGGAAAACCGUGUUGCUCUGAUUGAAGCCAGAAAUAAACUGGAGUGUCUGCAGAACGCUAAAGAAGAAAACAACGACACGGAGACGGCUGCUGACCAGGAGGGGUCACAUAAAUACGAGUCAAGUCUGUCUCUCCAACAAGAAACAGUGAGGAAGCAUGAGGUCUGUCAAAUUGCAUUAGACUGCAUCAGAACAGGAGAGAGCCCUGUUAUAAAUGACUGUGCAAUCUCUGAGCUGGAGGCCAUCCUGGGACAGGGGACGAUCCAAACCACAGAUGGAGUCAAGAGUGUUGGUCAGCAGCUGCUCCUGCUGCAGGAUCAGCUGAAGCAAGAAAAAGAAGAGAAAAAGAAAAUAGUUGAGAACUACACCUCGGAAAGGACACUGAGGAAGAAAUAUUACAAUUUGGUGGAAGACAUGAAAGGUAAAAUAAGAGUGUUUUGUCGGAUUCGACCAGUGAGCCGGGCCGAGGCUGCUCAGGGUGGAGUCGUUGUUGUGGAUAAAAUAGAUGAUUACUCUGUCACCGUGGAAACCCCUCGUGGGCAGAGGGAGUUUCAGUUUGACAAGGUGUUCAGUGCUGAGGCCUCUCAGGAAGAACUGUUUCAUGACACAAACAGGCUGAUCCAGUCAGCCAUGGACGGCUACAAUGUCUGUAUCUUUGCGUACGGCCAGACGGGCUCAGGGAAGACCUUCACCAUGGUCGGGGACAAGGAGCAGAAGAAUCCGGGGAUCAUGCCGAGAUCUUUUAAUGCUAUAUUCGAUAUCAUGCGGGAGAACAGCUCUAAAUUCAACUUCAAGGUUUCGGCCUACAUGCUGGAGCUCUACAAUGACAAGCUGCAAGACCUCUUUGUGAGCCAGGUUGGUGAGGCCCAUGCACAGCCUCAAUCCCAUGGUCAGGCCAGGCGGGUGGAGAUCAAGAGGAACAGAAAGGGGGUUGUGUUCGCCCAAGGAGCGGAAACAAAGGAGGCUUCCAGUGCCCAGGAGCUCUACGCUCUGUUCCAGCAGGCCUGUGCCAACCGACACAUCUCAGCCACCAAGAUGAACGUGGAGAGUUCCCGCUCCCAUCUCAUUGUUGGCAUCAUGGUGGAGAGCAGGAAUCUGACUAAUGGGAGUGUGAGUAACGGGAAGCUGAGCCUCGUAGACCUGGCAGGCAGUGAGCGAGCUGCAAAAACCGGUGCCAAGGACCACCAGCUAAAGGAGGCAAACUCCAUUAACAAGUCUCUGAGUGCAUUGGGUGACGUGAUCUCAGCUUUAUCUGCUGAACUGCCCCACGUACCAUACAGGAACAGCAAACUAACACAGGUGAUGCAAGACUCUUUGGGGGGAAAUGCCAAAACUCUCAUGAUCGUCAACAUCUCCCCUUCAGAAUUCAACCUUGAAGAGACUCUCACAUCUCUCGUCUACGCAACAAGAGUGAAGGCCAUAACCAACAACGCUCAGAGAAACGUGGAAAGCAAAGAGAUUGCCCAGCUGAAAGAGGUGAUCGUGAAGCUGAGGUCGGGGCAGACAGUGGACGAGGAGGAUGUUUGAACCGUGGUGAACUUUGAUUGUUUGGACCAUUUCUUGGUCUCACGUGUGUAUGAACUCGCAUAUGUUUCAUCACAUGGAGGGAUGUGGGACAUCCCAAUGGGGACACUGCGUUCAGAGCAUUGCGUGCGAGUUUCUUCAUGGCGGCUUCGGUCAGAAUGAGGCCCCCACAUUACAGGACAACUGAAGAGGCACAUACAAAGUCACUUAGUCAUUCAGUCUGCACUUCUAUUGUCCACAACCCAUAAUCUGCCCCUAUACUCACACAUCGAUUGCAGGGAAUAGACACUCGUUAGCACGCAAUGUUACAUUAUUAUAUGGUAUAUGUGGUUUCUCAUCAGAGAUGGGCUCAAUAAAAUUACAACUUCAUGAAAAAGGUAAUCACUGUAAACAGCUCUUGGAGCUUAUGUGCAGGAUUUAAUCAAUCAAUUAAACUCUAUGGUUUUAUUUGCUACAUAAAUAUUUAUAUCACGGUUUCUUAUAGACUUAUAUCGAUUGUGGACAAGACAAUAAUUGGAUUGAUUCUGGUGUUUGUUGGUUUGUUGGAGUCGCGGCGCAAACCAGUUGAGUCAAGGUGGCAUUUCCGAGCAGAGGGAGGGACACCGGGUUCUAUAAGUAGACUACUGCUGGUUUUGUCUGCGCUUGGACUAAUUAUCUGUGCUGCAGACCUCACAAGUGGUCCUCUUUGUUGCACCACACUAGAGCCUGGCUUUGCAUGCUAUAGUUCACUGGCUGCUUUAGAUCAGAGCAUGCUCAGCACAUGUUGACUCUGGUUUGUUAUUCCUAAUGACGGCCACAGUUUAAAUCAUACUGUGAGAUCUGUGCACUCGAACAAAGUGAGGGACAAAGACACAGUGAGGUUCAUGAAGCAUAUGGAGAAGGAACGGGGGCAAUGAGGGCAUUAUCUCAUCCUAUGGAUGUGUUUUAUUAAUAAAUCAUCAUCAGCUUACAAAAGAUUUGUGACUACAUAGAGAAAGAUGCCUUUAAUACAGUAAUGUAUGUCUUUCUAUAUUUGUGUUCCUACAAUUACUAAACUAUAGACCAACUUAUCUGUCAGUGGGUCUGCUUAGGUGAAAUGUGGCCGGGUGGUUUGAGAAGUGGAUUUGGAAAAGCUGGUUCUCUACACCCAUGUCUGGCCUAACUUUGAGCAAGGCACCGAACCCCUAAACUGUUUCCGUAGGUGAUGAUGAGGCUGCCCACUGCUCAAGGCGUUCCCUGCUCUCUCUGUGCACAAAUGAACCAUUCUUUGUAUUCUGUACACGUUUGGUCAAUAAA